GUGCUUAGACAUUUGAUAUUAAAAAUCAUCAGCACAGAUACAUAGGUACAUUGGUAUAUUGUGUUGCAUAAAUUUCAUGAUACCAAGACGUAUUAAUAAAAAUUAACAAUGAUGUUGUUUCCAUCAUUAUUGGCAUUUUUGUUUCUUAUACUUGUUGCCAAUAUUUCUGAUGCCGUACCCGUUAACACAACAACAAGUGUAUCGGAAUUAACACCUGUAAUUGAAGUAUUGUGUGUUGUUGAUUAUUCUACAUACCGGCUGCACAGUGAAGGCAAGAAUCCAACCAAGGUUGAGGAAUCAAUGAAAUAUUAUUACUCAGCAUUCUGGAAAACUGUAGAUAUUUAUUUUCAACAACUGAAUAUUAAAAUUGUUCUCAAAGAUGUCAUUAUAGCACGUAAUAAAUUCGAAGAUAAUCAUUAUCUCAAAGUAAAUAAAAAUCGUAUUGGCACAAAUGGAUUGAGUUUUGAUUUGUUAAAUACUUUUGGAAAACAUCUUUAUUACAACAAAAGUUUACAUAAUCAUGAUAUUGCUGUAUAUAUAACUCAAUUUGAUAUUUGCCAAGAUGUCAAGGCAAAUAAUUCUUGUGAAGUUAAAAAAGAUGUUAUCACAUUCAAAAAUGAAAUUUGCAAAAUUAAGCAUGACAUAAGUAUGUCUCAUUCUGUUGCAAUGAUUACAGACAAAAAAAAUAUUUUCACAGGCAUAAGAAAUGCAGUAUUUGCAAUUGGAAAUUUAUUGGGUAUAUCAAAAGAUGGUGAAUAUGGAGCAAAAAAAUGUAAAUCAGAGCAUGGAUACUUCAUGUCAGGCAAUAUUGAUUUUGCAUCACCUUAUAAAUUCCAGUGGUCAAAAUGCAGUAUAAAUUCCAUCAAAAAAACAUUGAAGUCUUUGUCAUCAUCCGACACAUUGUCAUGUCUUUUUAAGAAGUCAAAAAAAAAGGAAAUAAAUUUAUCAAAAGCUCCAUUGCCAGGACAAUUGAUACCAAUUGAUGAUUAUUGUGAACAAAUAACCAGCUACAAAUCACGUAUUUAUACUAGUUAUCAAUGCACUGAACUAGCUUGUCGUUAUGGGGAUGAUGAUGAAUCAAUAAUCAAAGGACCAGCUAUUGAAGGAUCAUGGUGUUGGGAUCAAAAACGAUGCUCUUUAGGUAAAUGUGUUGAUUACGGUUUGUCAGAUGAUCAACGAUUUUGGAAUGACUUUGAUGAACUAUACAUUCCCAAACCAAUUUAA